UAGAAGAGAGAAUAGCUACAGAUUCUCCAUCCUCAGUCUUUGCAAGGGGACGGCUGUGCCAGCCGGGCAGGCGGGCGGGCUCCUGGCAGCAUGGCCGUGAAGCUCAGGGCCCUCCUGCUGGUCCUCGCACUCAGCCUGGCACAGCCAGCCGUGGCCGGCCGGAAGCUCCUGGUGUUUCUGCUGGAUGGUUUUCGCUCUGACUACAUCAGUGAUGAGGCCCUGGAGUCCUUGCCUGGCUUCAAAGAGAUUGUGAGCCGGGGAGUAAAAGUGGAUUACUUGACCCCCGACUUUCCCAGUCUGUCUUACCCCAAUUACUACACCCUAAUGACUGGCCGCCAUUGUGAGGUCCACCAGAUGAUUGGGAACUACAUGUGGGACCCGACCACCAACAAGUCAUUUGACAUUGGUGUCAACAGAGACAGCCUGAUGCCUCUGUGGUGGAAUGGAUCAGAACCUCUGUGGGUCACUCUGACCAAGGCCAAAAAGAAGGUCUACAUGUACUACUGGCCAGGCUGUGAGGUGGAGAUUCUUGGGGUCAGACCUACCUACUGCCUAGAAUAUAAAAACGUCCCGACAGAUAUCAAUUUUGCCAAUGCUGUGAGCGAUGCUCUUGACUCCCUCAAGAGUGGCCGGGCGGACCUGGCAGCCAUAUACUAUGAGCGCAUCGAUGUGGAAGGCCACCACUACGGCCCCUCAUCGCCUCAGCGGAAAGACGCACUGAAGGCCGUGGACACCGUCCUCAAGUACAUGACCACGUGGAUCCAGGAGCGGGAGCUUCAGGAGCACCUCAAUGUCAUCAUCUUCUCAGAUCAUGGGAUGACCGACAUUUUCUGGAUGGACAAAGUGAUCGAGCUCAAUAAGUACAUCAGCCUCAACGACCUGCAGCAAGUGAAGGACCGAGGCCCUGUCGUGAGCCUCUGGCCAGCCCCUGGGAAGCACUCUGAGGUGUAUGACAAACUGAGAACAGUGGAACACAUGACUGUCUACGAGAAAGAAGCCAUACCGAGCAGGUUCUACUACAAGAAAGGGAAAUUUGUCUCUCCUUUGACCUUAGUGGCUGAUGAAGGAUGGUUCAUAACUGAGAGUCGAGACACACUUCCUUUUUGGAUGAACAGCACCGGCAAGAGGGAAGGCUGGCAGCACGGGUGGCACGGCUACGACAACGAGCUCAUGGACAUGAGGGGCAUCUUCCUGGCCUUUGGCCCCGAUUUCAAAUCCAACUUCAGAGCUGCUCCAAUCAGAUCCGUGGAUGUCUACAAUGUCAUGUGCAACGUGGCGGGCGUCACUCCCCUGCCCAACAAUGGCUCCUGGUCCAGGGUGAUGUGCAUGCUGAAGGACCAGGCCAGCUCGGCUCUGUCUGUCCGACUGAACGGCUGGGUUCUGGUCUCAAUUCUCCUCCUACUGUUCGUAUAGAUCCUGCUAUUGUUGUCCCCAAAUGUUCAGCCAAGGGUGCCUCCAUGGUGGGAUGGUUUUCAUUUUCUAUUUGAAUAAUAGCUUCAUUAACGCAAUCAAGGCCACCAAAAUUGUAAAUAUACUGUUCUUGGAUGAUUCCAUAUGUUAAAGUCCUUACUUCUUAAAACAAACAAACAAACAAACACCAAAAACCCCAAGUUUGAUUUCUUCUGGAGGUAAGGAAAAUCCAGCUCCUCAUUGGUUCGACUCCAUGUCAUCUUCUGCAUUGUCCCCAUGCGGUCACUCAGACAAGCUAUCUGAGUAGGAGCCGACCCAUGGGGCAAGAAGACGUCGAGUGGAUAGUGCAUGGAGUCUUGGGCCCGUUUCUGUCCUGCUUUGCACAAAGCAGGCCCUUGUCUGUGUCCCCUCCACACCCAGGAGCCAUCCUUGGGGUCUAGAGCUGCAAUUCUGCCCUGCUCCUUCCAGCCCAGAAAAACGAAGCCCACAUAAAAGCAAUAGCUGUCUUCUGUUUCUGGCCCAGCUCAUGGACUUGUGUUUUUUUGUUGUUUUGGAGAGGUUUUGUUUGUUUGUUUGUUUUUCACUUUAUACCAAGUUCCAGAAAGGGCAUAUCUUAGCUUGGAUCACCAAUCAGGAGUACGAAGGACUGAAGAACUCACCGAACAAGGUAGAAAUCCUGGGCGCCCUCCCAGAGUCUGGAGUGUACACAAAUGUCUCCCUUGCCUUGAGGAGCAGAAAAGCUUGCAGCAGAUCCAAGCUUCUGUAAGGCUCUGUCUGUCCCAUCAUGGAGCCUGGCACGUGGCGGGCCCUGCAUGGCUUUGGAUCCCCAGACGGAGUGUAGGCUACGGCAAUACCUGACCUAUUAUUACACAUCUUGCUGAUGACUCGUAGACAUGUUUGCAGAAAUCUCGGUUCACUGCUUGGAAUGGUGGCACCGUAAGCCAAAGUUCUAGGCACCAGUAGUCUGGAGCAAGGCUCAUGGAAUACCACCAGCAAAGUGUAUCCCCAGGGACCCAGAAGCCCGAAGGAAAUGGUGGAGGUGGGGGUGGGGUGGGAAACAGAGAGAACACAAUGGAACCACAUCCCAGUCACUAACCAAUUAGCCAUUUGAUUCGGAAACGGUUUGGUUGGAGUGCCACCUCAGGGACCUAAGUUCUUGGGAAACCCCUAAGAAGACCCACUGAGCCUGAGUUGAAAUGUUUUCAGGUUAGUGAUCUAGAGUUGCUGUUGGAAAUCUUGCUGUGAAACAAAGGGCAACAAAGGACAUGUUUAAAUGAUCAGAGUCACACAAACCUACCAUAGUGUUAACAGUGAGUUUACACUAAAUGGGGACACACCUGCAAAAGAGACUUUCCAUCAGGAACAGACAGCCCAACAGGUCUCCCCAGCAUGAUGAAGCCCCAUUACAGCGUUUGCCUUGAGAAAUGAGCAUCAAGGCUCACCCUGAUUGGAGAAGGGUGGGAACAUCUCUGUGCCUUGAAUCAUGAGAGCGAAAGAUCGCUACUUAACAAAUACAUAUACCAAAUCCAUCGUCACAAGAGAUUUCUAGGGAUUUAGGUAAUGUGUUUUAAAAGUGCCAGCCAACCAUCCAAUCAAUUAGAAAGAGGACAAGCCGGCCUUUGUUAUUUGGCUGAAAACAAACUGGUGCUCUCAGAACAUUGGGCAGUGGUGUCUCAGGCAUCCAUUGUUCAAAGUGCCCUUUGUCCAGAAAACAAAUCCAGUGGAGCCCACCUUCCUCCCUUGUGAAGGAAGGAUGGCUUAGAGAUACCCAAGUGAUUCGGUUAAAAGGGGAUCAUGAAAAUCAAGAGAGUACAAACAGGCACACAGUCUUACCCUUUGUGUUUCCAGCUCUAUUCUAUCAUCUUCCUCUCACUCAUCCCUAACGACUUCAAGUUGCAUAAUAAAAUCUCAGAUAUUUGUCUGGCAGAGUGUAGCUAAUAAAUAAUCUUAAAUCGAUGAACGAGAGUAAGGUACUUUUGGAAUCAUAAAUACUGGUAAAUAGUAAAGAAAAUCCAGACACUAAAUGGAGAAAAUAACUUUUUCCUAAAAUAAUGCCUACAUUUUAGUGGCUUAAUUAUUUGGCUAGAAUUUUUUCCCCUUUGAUUUUUAUUUCAAAGUUACAUUAUUUUCCUCAGGAAAAUUUCCUCUAAAUGUGUUCUGUUCCUUUUGAGUCAAAUCUCGUACAUAUAGACACCUCUCCUCCUGGAGUAUUUUGCUACUUCAUUGCUAAUUCCAGGAGGAAGUUAGUUGGACUGACCUGCAAAUACCGAAGAUAAACCAAAGGAAUGAUCCUUACGUUAAAGAUGAGAUAAAUGGCUACUUUCCCUGUCCAAUGUCUAAUUGCCAGAACCCAAUUCAAUUAAGUUCUGAAGACCUAAGCAUCCAUUAGAACAGACCCAGGGAAUUCUUUCUAGCCUCCAAGAGUUCUGAUUAUAGAGUCCCAACUCUUCCUACUUUUAAAGAGAACUUGGAAAUCCACGUGGAUCUGAGUUCAGUCACCAUCGGCCAUUUGCAAACUUCCUGGGAUUGUAAGCGCCAUCUGGCCUGCUUCCAGAAAUGUAGAUUUGGAAGAUCUGGGUGGGACCUCAGACAGCACUUGUAGGUUUGGGUUUGCUCUAUGGAGAGAGAGUUUCUGGUUAGACCUUGGUAGACCUGAGUCUUCUGACAGCAAUUUCAUAAUCCGCCAGUUUCUCCAGAGGCCAUUGGACUGGCAUUGCCUGCUGAUCAGCAGGGUCAAGGUUCCAGCCCUCUCUAAGCCAAAGCAGAUCUGCAAGCCCCAGGGAUGGAGACAGGCACCCAGAGGGGUAAAGUUGGCUUCUCCAUACCCCAUUCCCAUGAGUCUAGGAUUCCCAAGAGCGUUUUCCAACAAACUCCUUGUUGAAGAUGUGGGCCUGGUUUAAUGGAUUUUCUUUAAAAAAAAAAAAAAAGUGUUUUUGACAUUUCUGUAAAUAGCAAAAGAUUUCAAAAUGUGAUUGUGCAUUUAAUCUUUUUAAACAAUUUGUGAUAGACCAAAGUCAGCUCUUGUGAACUACUUGCUAGAAGGAAGGAUGGUGGGAACCUUGGACAACUGGUUCUAGAACAUGUGAAACUCGGUCUCAGGUGUAUGCUGGGAAAAAUAUCCUUGUGUGUGUAUUGCUUGGAAAUCAUAAAAUAGCACCUAGUUCAGUGCCUCAAAUGUUUAAUAAAUGUUCCAUAAAUAUGUGUUGAAUAAAAAAAUAAAUCUCAUGAAGGAGACCUGCUUACAUUCCA